AUGAGUGACGAUCAAAUUGUUUUACUUUCAACAGAAGUCGAUGCAUUUAUUGAAGCAUUAGAAUCAUUUGAACUUGAAGAUAUAGGAAAACCACGAUGGCAAACACAACAUGAAUAUAUCGAAAAAUUAAAUAUGCAAGCGAUACUUGAAGCAAGUCGGAAUAUACAUGAAUAUGUACGAGAUGUUAUAGUAAAUAAUGAUAAGCUUCCUAUUCUUGUUUCACAAUUGAUAACAACGGAAAUUUGGCGAGAAAGAAUUUUUCGUGAACUUGUUGCAAUGAAAUUUGAACCACAAGUUACUUUUUCAAUUUAUAUCAUAUUUUAUCAUGAAGCAUCUCUGGUUAAUUUAUUAGAAACAUUAAUGUAUCAUGAAGAUGUUUGUACUGCAUUCGAUGAUCAAAUACUCGAUCUUGUUGAUUAUAGUUAUCGGAUAUUAACGGAAAUUAUACGAAAAAUAAAACAUGAAGAACAACGAACUCGUCAUAAACAAAUAACUAAUAAUGAGAAUGUAUCAAAUGAAAAUUCAGAGAAUAUUAAAGAACUUUUAACACAAGAAGAAACUCUUCGAUUUGAUAUGGGAAUGAAAAUGCUAAGUAUCGUUCGUUAUAUUUGCGAUUGUUUACAAAAAUUACCCAUGAGUGUAACCACACGUUUACUUGAUAAUUUUGAUUUUAUUCUAUUACUUGUUGAUUUUAUUGAAGUAAAACCAUGGGAAAAAUUACUUAGCGAUGGGACAUUUACGCGACAUAUCGAUGGUAAAUGGCAAAAAAUAUCUCAUGAAGAUCGUUAUUUAAUGCCAAAAAUUGAAGGACAAGUUUGGUUAGCAUUAUAUCAAUUAUUACUUAGUCCACAUUGUUUACAAAAAUAUGAAUAUACAGAUUAUAAUAAAAAUCGUAUUACUAAAUUACGUGCUCAUCUCAAUGAAGUUGUUCUCGAUCAAAUGCCUCAUCUUAUUCAAAUGCAACGUUUUCUUGAACAAUUAAGUUUUAUGGAACCACCAGCUGUUAAAAAACAACUUGUUUUAGAACAGGUUGCCGAAUUAUACGAUCGGAUAAUACGAAAAUAUAAAAAUCAAUGGCGUGAUGUAGCCGAAAAACAAGCUAAAACAGUUUUAAAUCCAACAAAAGCCGAAGCACAACAACAAGCCGCACGAUGGGCAAAUACAAUGAAUUUUGAUGUCCUCGAAACAUUUAUUAACGAAGCACCUAAAUGUGCCAUGUGUGGUGAACAAGCUACGAAACGUUGUUCACGAUGUCAACGUGAAUGGUAUUGUCGACGUGAAUGCCAAGUCAAACAUUGGUCUAAACAUAAACCUAUGUGUGAAAUGCUUGUUGAAAUGGCAAAAGAUGAAAAAUCAAAUAAUUCGAAAUGA